AACGUUGUCAUUUCAAAAACGUUCCGAAUUCUCCGGUGUUAGUUCUUAUCCCUAACCACGAUCUCAACGAAUCGUUUCAAAUUUUUAAUUAUGUGCUAACUUGAAGAAGAAGAAGUUACUAACAUGGCGGCGGUUUCUGCAGAGGAAAACACAAUGAAGACGAAGAAAAACAGUCCAAAAACCAGUAAAACAAUCGAGAGAAGAGUGAGUGCGAAGAUACCGGCACGAAGAGCCGAGAAAAGAGAGUUGCUUACCAAGCCAGACCCGUUCAGAAAACCGCAUGCACCACCAUGUACGAAAAAGGUAAAACGUUCUAAAUCACAGGAAGCUGUAAUAGAUUAUGAGAAAGAAUCAUCAUCAGAUGGCCAAUCUUCUCAAAUAUUCUGCGAAAUUUGUACGGAAAGAAAAGAAUUUAGCGACAUGUUUGCUUCAGAUAGAUGUGUUCACAAUUCUUUCUGUUCAAAUUGUAUAAGCAAACAUAUUUCUGCAAAGAUCCAACAAAGCAUCACUCGCGUUACUUGCCCCGGAAUUAACUGCAGGUCAGUUCUUAAACUUGAUAUUUGCCGAACCAAGCUAUCAAAACGAGUGAUUGAUCGUUGGGAAGAGGCGCUUUCAGUCGAGAUGAUAAACCAAUUGCAGAAAAUUUACUGCCCGUUUAAGGAUUGUUCUGCUUUGUUAGUGAAGGAUAAUAAAGAAGGCGAAAAGGUGACGAGGGAAUGCGAAUGCCCGUUCUGCCAUAGAUUGUUUUGUGCUGAGUGUAAUGUUCCGUGGCAUUCGGGUUUCGAGUGUGGAGUGUUUCAGAAGUUGAAUAAGGAUGAGAGGGGAAAGGAUGAUUUGAUGUUGAUGAAGCUUGCUAAACAGAAGAAAUGGAUUAGAUGUCCUAAGUGUAGAUUCUAUGUUGAAAGAAUACACGGAUGCCCACAUAUGACUUGCAGGUGUAGAUUUGAGUUUUGUUAUGGAUGCGGAUUGCAGUGGAAUGCUAAUCAUGGUGGCUGCGCCAGAAUUUAAAAUUGUUCAGAAGCUCCUUUUUAUCUGUUUUGAAUUUUUGUCAUAGUUAUAAACAAUUUGCUUAACCCGUCAGAGAAAUUCUUAUGUGAACCUAGUUCGCCACGUAGGAUUAUGAACCCUCCAUUAAAUACAUGACACGUGGCGUACUUAAAUACCAUAACCAAUCAAUAAAUAGCAUUUAAUUCUUAUUAAAAGAUCACUAAUUAAUGUUAUAUUUAUUGAUUGGUUAUGGUAUUUAAGUACGCCACGUGUCAUGUAUUUAAUGGAGGGUUUAUAAUUCUACGUGGCGAACUAAGUUCACACAAGUAUUUCUCCGUCACAAGGGCCACUUACUUUCAACAUUUUUGUCUAUCGGAUCCAUCUUGAAAGUUUGCUAUUUAAUAGGUCCUUGUGUUAUUUGUUAUCUUUGUUUAAUGUAGCUUUUUUUUAUGGACAGAAGUUGUAAACAUGUGGCUCAGAUGCCAUUAAAAAGUGAUUAACAAUUUUCAUAUCAGAUA